AUGGAGUCAUCAUACGGUUUGGAUGACUCUACUGGCGAUGGCGAUCGCCCAGUUGAGACUAAGUCUGAUGGUCAGGCGGAGAAUGAAGGAACGGCGCUGCAGGAAUUUACACCUGAAAGUCGCAAGAGCUUCGAUUCGAAUGACUCUUCUGGUGACCGGCCAACGCGGAGUGAUUCUGGUAGUCAGGCAGGCGAUCAAGAUACAUGGCUGCAGGAAGGUUCAGCUUCAACACGCAAGGGAUUCGAUUGGGGUGGCUUUUCUGGCGGCCGACCAGUUCGGACCAAGUCUGCUGAUCAUGACCAAAAGCAAAACACAUCGCCACAGGAACUCACACAUGCCCGCAAGAGGUUCGAUUAUGCCAGGCGUGACUCUUCUGGCGGUCCGCCAGGUCAGACCAAGUUUGGUGACCAGAAGGAGGAAGACACGUUGCAGCAAGAAUUCACACAGCCAACUCGCAAGGCUUCGGAGGAUUGGCACGACUCUUCUGGCGAGCGACCAGUUCGAACCAGGUCUGAUAGUCAGAGCCAGGAAUCCGCACCUCCAACUCACCAGAGACUCGAUUGGAAUGACUUUUCCGGCGGCCGACCAGUUCGGACCAGGUCCCAGAGUCAUGACCAGAAGAAGGAAGACACGUUGCAGCAGGAAUUCACACAGCCAACUCGCAAGGCUUCGGAUUGGCAUAACUCAUCUGGCGAGCGACCAGUUCGAACCAGGUCUGAUAGUCAGGCGCAGGAAUCACUUCCAACUCGCAACAGAUUCGAUUGGAAUGGCUUCUGUGGCGGUCGACUAGUUCGGACCAAGUCGGAUAGUCAGUUUCAUGAUGAUGAUGAUACCACGUCGCGGAAGGAAUUGACACUUUCAAGGCGCUGGAGUCUCGAUUCGAAAGACUGUUCUGGCGAUUGUCUGACGCUGAUCAAGUCUGGCGACCAGCGCCAGAAUGAAGGCACAUCGCUGCAGGGACUCGAGUUCGCCAAUGCGAAGGACAGUGCCUUGAAAGCCGGCUCCGCUGGAGGUAUGAUGACACUCGCGCACACAUCAUCAGAUUUCGCCAGCGGUGAUAUGCCGGUCGAGGAAGACUCGCAGCCGACUACUCAUCUCCAUUACCUUUUCCACCUCUACCGACACUUCGCAUGGCAAGCGCUGGUUGGUGCAAGACAGUGGCUGUCACGGGUGUCACUGCUAUCGGCAUUGCGGUUGGCGUACCUGAUCUGCUUGCUCGUGUCCCAAUGGCCUCCGACGGGCCUUGAACGCAGCACGCCAAGCAAGGUUCAGCUCGUUCGUGAGCGAACCUGCGAGCGACCUCCUCUUAUCCCUCUUCCACCGCCGCCGCCGCCUCCAAGUGCACCGUUGGACGACUAUCUCUUCCAUCUUAGCUGGGACACAGACACCACGCGCAUCCCCAACGCAACAUCCAGCCUCAGCGAAGCGCGCCGCGUCCUCGAGACCAAUUGCUCGCCAACAGACCUUCAAGAUUUCAGCAUGCUCUUGAUGGCGCUCGAUGACGCUGCGGCGGCGGGUCGCUUGGCGUGGCGGGGUGGCUCCAGCGCCAGUAUUGCUCUGGCGAAGCAGUUGAAUGGUGUACUAGAGGGAACUUCGGACGCGACGUGCCAUACGGGCGUGGUGGCUGCUUUGGGCUGGAUUCAGCUGUCGGAGGCGUGCGAGGUGGAUCGAGUGCUGCGGCCAGCGACCAGAGCAGCCAUGUGCGGGGGAUGGAUUACAGAAGACGGGGAUGUGGGUGUGUAG